AUGACGGACACACCAGUGGAGGAAUCCCUCUUCCAAAUCAUCCACAGCUACCACCAGUACGCGGCCCGGGAGGGGGACGUGGAGACCCUGUCCCUGGAGGAGCUGAAGGCCCUGCUCAUGGACAACGUGCCCCGCUUCAUGCAGAGCUUGGGCCGGAAGGAGCCCUACUUCGUCACCGAGCUGUUCCGGGCAGCGGACAAGGACAAGGACAACCAGAUCUGCUUUGACGAGUUCCUGUACAUCCUGGGCAAGCUGCUGAGGGACUACCACCUGCAGUACCACCGGCAGCUGUGCGCCCACUACUGCACCCAGCACAGCCUCUACUAG